AUCUCGCGUCACCGUCGAGCUCGCUCGGUGUGGGUGCAGACCCGUCCGUUUCCAGCGCGAGCAGACCAGCAGCCAAGAGCGUUGCGCGUAAUCGGGACCCUGCGAGGGGGCAAGGACUGUGACGCCAGAUGUCCUAAGGACAAGAGCGGCUCGCUCGGCGUGAUACCCGCGAAGCCUUUCGGCUCCCACGGCCCCGGACCGCUGUCCUGGGCUAACCACCAAAGGAAGACUCGUCCGACAGUCGGCGCCAAGGGGGCCGACACCCGUAGUAUCGCGACGCCGUCGGCACAGGAUUACUACCUUGGUGACAUCGGCGGCGGCCGCAGCAGCUUCACCACGCUGAACUUCACGGACUUCUCGGCCGCCUACCCGACUUCCAUGUCGGGGGUGGUGGCCGACCCCCUGGACCCGGACAAGUCGGCCUUCAUGGAAUUGCAAGGACAGGCGGCCCCCGCGCCUCACCAGCCGUACCCUCUGCGCGCCCCGGGCUACCAGCCGCCCGGUGCGCAGGGCCACGACGGCCCGCCGGGGUUCCAGACGCAGGGUCCGCACAGGGCCCCCCUGGGCGCCUACCCUUUUCCGGGCAUCAACAACGGGCCCCUGCACAACUCGUACGGCGGACACCCGACGCAUCCGUACCUGAGCUCCUACCCCGGCGGACCUUGUGGACCGUGUCCGUCGCCACCGAGGGACGACAAGUCCCAGCUGGAAGAUACGCUGAGGGUGAACGGCAAGGGAAAGAAGAUGCGCAAGCCCCGCACCAUCUACUCUAGCCUCCAGCUUCAGCAGCUCAACAGGAGGUUCCAGCGGACCCAGUACCUCGCCCUGCCCGAGCGCGCCGAGCUCGCCGCCUCCCUGGGACUCACGCAGACGCAGGUCAAGAUCUGGUUCCAAAACAGGCGCUCCAAGUACAAGAAGAUGCUCAAGGCUCAGCAGCAAGGCGGCAGCGGCGGAGGAGGCGGCGGCGGAGGCGGCGGUGGCGGCGGCGGAGGCACGCCCACCAACCCGGGCAGCGUGGGAACCCCCCAGCCUCAGAACCAGGGCCCGCACACGCCGAACCCGGCGCCCGGCACCCCGGGGCCCCCGUCGCUGGGGCCGCCCAACUCGGCCGGCACCCCGCAGUCGCCCAGCGAGCCGUCGCCCGGGCCGCAGAGCCCGCCCACGAGUCACCACCACCACCACCCCCAGCAGCACCAGCAGCCGCCGUCGCUGUCGCAGCACCACCCGUCGCAUCACCCGCAUCACCCGCAUCACCUGCCGCACGGCGCCAGUCUGACGCCCCCCGCCAUGUCGCCGCCGCUCGGCUCGUGGGAGAUGUCGCCGGCGGCGGCCAAGGCCGUCGCCAUGUCCAGCUACAUGCCGCAGUACACGUGGUACCACCAGACGGACCCUUCCAUGAACCAACAAAUCCUCACUUAGCGCCGCUCUUCGCCGCCAUGGACGUGUUUUUUUUUUCCUGGACUGUUUUUUUUUCUUCUCCUGCUUUCGCUGUGCGUGCGUGAGCGUGGCUGUGUGUGUGUGUUCGUGCGCAUGCGCGGUAUGUUGCGUGGGAACGUUGCCCCAACUGGUGCGUGGGCACCCUCGUCUGCGGUGGAUGAGGACAUCGUGUGGAAAAAAAAAAACUGCGCGCUAUCGCUGGUCUUGUACCGCCUGCACGGUGCUGGCGCAAGUCGCCCGCAGUUGCCCGUGUGUCAUGGCGGGUAGCAGUGUGUGCGAACGGCAGCCAUCGGCAGCCGGUAUUCGACAAGCCGGACUUCAGGUGACCCAUACGUGCGCGUCAUACAGCACUCACUUCCUUAGAGAUAAAUGUAAUGGAAUAAAAUGAGGAGUGCAAACGCGCAAGCAGUUGUUAGACGCUUAAAGUGUCAGCGUGAUGUCUAAAUAAAGGUGCUCGUUGAAGCAAAACAGAUGAAAAGCUCAGAAUUUAGGCGUGCUCAUUACACUUUUAGAAUUUAGAGCGCUCACUACAUCAAGCAAUGCAGAGCAGAUUUCUUGUUUCAGGCGAGGGGCGAAACAGAAGCCUGCACUUGGAAAACUGGCUUGCACCCACUGUCUAAACACGCGCGUACCGACCAGUCGGUGCUCGUAAUUUUCUCAACAGCAUCGAUUCUCUGACACGGACCCCACGAUUCCUCUGCUUGAUUAUUGAUAAUAUAUGCUCCGUAGGGUCCAGAUGCCUUCAUGCGUAACAUAAACGCUAGCCCAGAGUCUAGCUGAGCUCAUUGGUCAGCAAAUUUAUUCGGCUAAAGUUGCCCUGUAAAAACCACUGCUUAAUCCUUGAGAAGUAUGGCAUUGUGACGGCCAGGGUGGUACAUGUACCAUCUCACAACGGUAGCGUGCUUUCCGCAAUGCCUAGGCGGGCGUGGGCUGCGCGUCACGUGACUGCGACUGCGCACGGCGUGUGAUUGCAUUCGCGUUCAUGUUUGAUUGUGGUGUGGUGUGCGAAAGCUCGUGUUUGCUUUUGAAAAUGGUGCAGUGGACUUGGACUGCGGUUACGCCUCAUAAACAGUCCCAAGGCCGUUGAAUGGCCCUUGUGUGCCGUGUGGACUGUUUUCCUGUUUUUUUUAGGUGCACAAACGCCCGUUUUCCUCUGAUUUCCCCAAACGAAGUUUGUUCACAUGUGCGCGCAAGGCUGGAUAAUGCAUUGAACAGAAAGAACUGUGCAACAGGGGAGUCGCCUCAAUGUUCUUAUAGACGCUCCUAACCACAUGAAGCGCUUCUUCUGGCGUCAGUGUCUCGUUACCUCUGCCGUCGUACUUGCGCCAUUUUAAAGCCGGCUCUUCUGCAGCCGAUCUCGCAGCGUUCUUUUCAAUUACCAUCGUGUGACUGCAAGCAUGUCUAUCAGCUUGCUGCAGAUGCAGACGGAUGGUUUGUGGCUGUGAUGGACGGACGCUUGAAAAGACGCUUCAUGUAGUUGACGCUUAACGUUUUAGUAACAUCAACUUAAGCCAAGCAAGCCUACAUUUGUUGAUUGCCCUCUGCGAGCGACGUACAGAAAGUGACUUAGGUUGCAGUGUGCAUCCGACGAUCUAGAACGCUUUCAGGUAUAGAGUGUGUCGACUGAAUCGGCACAUCGCUUCCCGCCGAGCUCCACUGCUCCUUUUGCAUCUUAAUCAGGGGCCUCCUUUGCACACAAUACGGUUAGAAUCUGGCCCGCUGCAUAUCCUACGUGCAUCGAAGCGAGCUUGUUAAGCCGGUAAACCCGCUUUGUCCAUGACUUUACAUACAACUCACCAUCACCACCAUCAUAUUCGCUCGGCUCAAUCAUCAUUAUUCGGUUGCCGUAUUUCAUUAAAAAUUGUGAAGUUUGACGUCCCAAGGCAAUUUUAGGGCUUUGAGGUACGCCGUUGAUUGAUUUUGACUAUCUUGAGUUAUUUGAUGCGCACCUGAAUCUAGGUACGCGAGUGUUCUUGCGAUUCUGCCCCCGUCCUAUAAUGCGGUCACCGUCACUGGGAAUCGAACCCGCAACAACAUGCUUAAUUGCAGCCAUGUUUCAUCGAUAACUAUUUUAUUUGUCAGCGACAAAACUGCUCUGCAAGUGAGUAAUGAGUGAGCAAUGCUCUGUAAGUGAGCCAAACUUGUUCGAAGCAUUCCGCCAGAAGCGUUCUACAGGCUGUCUAAAUUCAUUUUCGUAAGAGUUCUUGCGAAACGCCCUUUAGCAAGAAAGGACAUGGGUACGCUUGCUUCCUGAAAUCGGUAGAUCCAGAGUGAAUCUCGCCAUCGUUAUUCCCGUAUGACGUCACCCCUGUUGCACAGAUCUUUGACGCCUCCAUGGGUUCAUAAUUGUCGCCGCGUUGUUGGGAUGUGGCCUCGGCGUGAGAUUUAUUUCGAGCGCUCACGGCACAGCGGCAUGCAAUAAGUGGCAAAAGUCAAUCCCAGAAUGCAUAGUUCUACUUCUGGCUCAAGUUAAAGGCCAUCUAUCUCGCUGGCUCUUGACUUUUGGCUCUCCAACGCUGCAGAUGAAUUCCACGUGACGUCACGGGCACUAGUUCAUGAAGUGCUAGUUUUGUGCGGUGCCGGUCGGAAUUAGGAAGGGCGGUUAUUUUCUGUCUUCAUUUAUUCUUUGCUUUUCGUUCACAGCCCAAUAGCAUGGCUGCUGUGACGACGUCUCUGUGGAAGUUCACCUGUGUGAAGUUGGGAGCUCGCUUGACCAAAGCGAUAGCAGUCAGCAGCAACUUAGAACCGAACGUGAGAAAAAUUCAAAUCGCAGCACAACACGGAAAAGAAAUAAUGUUCACGAGCCAUUCGCUACCAGCUACAGUGCUUUAUUUUUAGCUAAUCGUGUUGUAAACCGAUUGCAAUAGAGAAAAACAACAGUUACAUUCAUCAGAAAACUCUCCCGGCAUAUUUCUUUUUUUCUUUUUUGUGCUCCUGUUUGAAUAGUCUCGUUUAAGUUUCAACUGAACAAGACCAUACGUCGCUUUGCGUCGAGGAAUGGUUGUUGAAGGAAAAUGGUGUACAGCUGCCGGUCGGGUGAUGCUGUCGACGUGUAAAAGAGUGUAUUUAAUUUUUGCCGAAAUACUUGAAGGAAAAAGAAAACUUGACGAGGACAUUUCUGUUCACUUUGUGUUAUUUCUUCUGACCUCACUUGUGUCGUGGUUCUCCACGCAUUGUACAUAGAUAUAUGAUAGAGUGCCGCGCGGAAAUUCAUCUGCGAUCAUUCUACACGAAGCAGCCAGAUACGUAUAAUGCGUGAAUGCAGCACCCGGCGUUUCGGUAGCCAGUGCCGUGGAGAAAUCUCUGGUUGGUGCCGGACUCGAAUGCAGCCUCGGCUCCCCUGGCCCCAACUUGAAACCGGUUCUUGAAACCCGCGUAAUGCUCACUAAACUCCAGUAUACAGUUUGUUCCAGGAUAUUAUCUGUAAAAGCCCAGUAUUUUUCAUGUUGUUAUAUAUAACAACGCUUCAGUUGUCACCGAUUCAAGAUUAGGCAAAUUUCGCGUAUGGUUGCGAUUUUAGUGUCGAGACGUCAUCGGAAAAAGUCGCCGCGCAAUCUUUCUCAGUUUUAUCUCCGUAUAAACGCAAAUAUAACGAAUUACCUGAUAUAGCACAGAAAAUAUAGUUUCUCGCGGAUAUGAGCGUGUAACAAAUGUACGCUUAUAACGAAUGUCGGAUAUAACGAAGGCAUAUCAGUGUCGAUACGACUUCAUUGUAACGAGUGUCUAUUGUAUAGAAAUCUACGGAAAAAAGUGCCGAUCGUACAUUCAGAGCCAGAAAAAAAAAAUUCGGAACAGGUACAGCGUUCGAACCGCUGGUUCGACGGAAAUGCCGAUGGCCGAUUAGGGGAGAUCGGUUGAGUGCGAGCGAUCAAUUUGAAAAUGUCUCAGACACAGGCUUCCCGUUAUAAAUACCUCGUGCAGUGGCGCCAUUGCGAAAUUUCGAUCGAAGCGUUAUAAACCAGAUGGUCCUGUUCAGCGGCUCCAUACGAGGUUAAGGACAGCAAUAUUUAUCAUAGAUGGUCCCGCGCAGCCCGAUCUUUCUUUAACAGUUGACUCUCUGUCCGUUUAAAAGACAGAAACGGAAAUGCUUAGAGCAGGGAUAAAUGCUCAGAUCAAAUAAUACGUCCGUAAUCUGGGAACAGUGACCACCACUGCUGCUCUCAUCGACACUUUCUUUCUGUAUAAAGAAGCAAGCUGCUGCCUUAGCGAAAUUGUUCGUUUCCAGAUAUGGAACACGUAUUUAACUGUACAGCAGCUGCCUUAGAACCCUCUUCCUCUGGAAGUAAGAUAUCUGUCGCCAUGGCAAAAGCGUAGACUUAUCAUGUGCAACUGCAGAAUUACCUGGAACCAGCUGUGGAGUCGCAGCAUUCAGUUCACGAACGAGGGCAAUAAAUACCGCGCGCCGUUUGAGACCAAGGAUCGCAGGCUGCUGCCGACCAACCGGAGGCACGACGCAUGUGUCUUGGGCAAUCCUUCUCGCUGUGUCUUGAUGCCACUGGCGCUUGAUCCACGUCGGGUGCUUGUGUCUGUGUGUGUGUGCGUGUGGAUGGAGCGUGCAUAAGUGUGCGCGGGCGGGGCGCGUUUUGUGAACGGACGCGUGCGGUGCGUCGCACCCGGCUAGGCGGCCUCUGUCGCGGUUGUGGCUGCCAGCAUUUGUAUAUUAUUUUGGGAAGAAAGAGAGAGAGAAAAAAAAUCAUGAACUUUGUUGAAGAGAGUGAUAUCAGAGAAAAAGAAAUAAAUGUCGCUCAGUUGUACAUAAACCUUCA